AUGAGGUUGACCAAGAAAGAGCCGGCGCAGGCGCAGGCGCAGGUUUACCAGUCCAUCGACCCAACAAGAGCCACCAACGCAAAGAAGAAACCCUUCUACGUAAACCUCACCUCCCUCAUCGCCCUCCUCAUCGUCUCCCUCGGCCUCAUCGCGCUCGUGGCCUGCAUGAACCGCGCCCUCCCCGACGGCUCCAAGGAGGAAGAGGGAGGAGGUGGAGGUGGAGAGGAGGCAGGUUUGUUAUUACUCGUUCGAUCCGACGGGGACGGGGGCGACGUUGGUCUGUCCGCCUACGCCGACGGGGGGGCUGGUGCCGCCUGUUACGACGCCGGUUACGGAUUCGGGGCCGGGGAGUUCGACGCUGACGCCGGUGUUGACGUCGCCGACGUUGACGCCGACGUUGACGCCGACGACGUCUUCGGUGAUUACGACGGUGGUUACGACGUCAACGACGAGUUCGUUCAGUUCGUCCAGUUCGUCGGUGUAUGUGACUCCUUCGUCUUCCUCGUCCACGCUGGUGGUAUCAUCGUCAACGAGCUCGUCUUUGAGCUCUUCGCCGAUUUCCACGGUAUAUGUCGCUCCUUCGUCAUCUUCCAGCUCUUCGUCGAGUUCUUCGUCAAGUUCCUCAGUAUAUGUCGCUCCUUCGUCAUCUUCGAGUUCACUGCCACCUUUACAGCCUUCAUCGUCGUCAUCUCCUUCUUUCUCGUCAUCGAGUUCGGUUGUUUUACCGCCGACGACUUCGACCACGUCUUCGACAACGAGCAUUUCAUCGAUAAGCAACGCUUCUUCGACUACAGUCUUUUCCGCGAGCAGUUCUUCGUCGAGCAGUUCUGCAUCGAGCAGUUUUUCAUCGAGAAGUUUUUCAUCCAGCAGUUCUUCGUCGAGCAGUUCUUCUACCAGCAGUCUUUCGUCCAGCAGCUCUUCAUCUAG